AUGUCAAAUUCUUAUGUACAAAAUUAUAUUUUAUCUCAAGCUCAAGCAAAAGUUAUGUCACAAACACAAGGUCUUUAUCCAGCACCAUUGAAAAUUUUAGAUGUUAUUCAACAAACGUUAGAAAAUGGUUCAAAAGUUGGAUUUAAUGCUGAAGCAGAAGGUUUUGCAGAUCUCUGUAUAACCAAUGAAUCAAAAGCCUUAAUUAGUCUAUUUCAUGGGCGUACUGAAUGUAAAAAAAAUAAAUUUGGAAAACCCAAAAGAGAAAUCAAAACUAUUGCUGUCAUUGGCGCUGGUGUAAUCGGUGCUGGUAUUGCACAUAUAUCUAUCGAUAAAGAUUUUCAAGUCAUACUUUAUGAUCCGACAUCAAUUGCACUCUAUCAUGGUCAAUCACAAAUAGUUAAGAGUUAUCAAAAUUAUAUUAAACGAAAUCGAAUAACAAAUACUGAAUAUAAUCAAAUACUAUCAAAUUUAAAUUGUCAAACAACAUUUAAUAAUCUAGAUAAAUGUGAUAUUAUAAUAGAAGCUGGAUUUGAAGAUCUUAAAUUGAAACAAAAUAUUCUUAAUGAACUUGAACAAUACAUUCCAGAACAUUCUAUAUUUGCUUUUAAUACAUAUAUACUAUCUAUUCAUCAAAUAGCUGCACAUAGUCGACGUCCACAUAAAGUUAUUGGUUUGCAUUAUUUUUCUCCAGUCGAUAAAGUUGAAUUAUUAGAAAUUAUUCGAGCUAAACAAACAUCUGAUAAUACAGUUUGUACAGCAGUUAAUGUUGGUCUUAAACAAGGAAAAAUUAUUAUUGUUGUUAAUGAUAGUCCAGGAUUUUAUACAACACGUUUAUUAAUAUUUGCUUUUAUUGAAAUAUUUUAUCUUUUACAAGAAGGUUUAUCACCGAAUGAUAUUGAUAAAGCAACAAAAAAAUUUGGUUUUCAUAUUGGUUUAACAAUAUUAUUAGAUGAAUUUGGUAUUGAUACUAUUACAUAUAUAGUAUAUCAUCUACAGAAUAUAUUUGGUGAACGUCUUGCUAAUUCGUCUGUAAUAGAAUUGCUUCAUAUAUUUGUUAAAAAUAAUUUACUUGGAAAAAAAUUUGGACAAGGUUUAUAUAUUUAUUCUAAUGAUGGUAGUAAGAAGAUUAAUCCGAAGUGCAAAGAAUUACUUAAAAAUUCUUUGACACAAACUAAAGACAUAUCAAGAAUAGAAACUAUUCAAUGGCGUAUCUGUCUUCGAAUUAUAAAUGAAGCUGCACGAUGUCUGGAAGAAAAUGUUAUUAGUUCUCCAACAGAUGGUGAUAUAGGUGCUGUAUUCGGUCUUGGAUUUCCUCCAAUGAAAGGAGGUCCAUUUCGUUUUAUGGAUACCUAUGGCAUUUGUAACAUAGUUGAUUUAAUGAAUAAUUAUCAAUUAGAAUAUGGUGAUCGUUUCGUUCCAACACAAUUUUUAAUAGAUAUGAUUCCAACAGCUGAUCAAUUUGGUUCACAAGAUUUUUGUGCUGAUGUUAUUGAUGAUACAAAUGUGCAAUCAAAUCAAUGGUGCAUCAUAUUCUUAGUUGGUUAUGAUUCUCCUAAUUUGAUUCAAGCUUCAUCUGUUCAGGGCACAGUUUUAACAAUUGGUACUCGUCAAGUAAAUCGUCCAUCUCGAAAUUAUACAUAUGUCUAUUUCAAUGAUGCUGCAACUGGUACAAAUGUUCAUACAGUUGAUUGUGGAUGGGAUCCUCAUGUGAUGUACAGUGGAAAUACAAUUACUAUUUAUAUACCAUCUCCACCUUGGAUUGUAGGACAUACAUAUUAUGUGACUUUCGAUAGUGGUGUAGCUAGUGGCACUGACUUCUGUAAACCUGAGUCAUCACCAACCACUGAUUCUAAUUUUUGGAGGUUCGAUAUUUGGAAUCCAGCUGUUUCAUCAACUACAACAACGACUACUACUCCACCAACUACUGGUACGGUAACAACACGACCUUUGUCAACUACUACUGUUAAUACUUUGUUGACAACUACUGGUAUUGUGCUGGCAAGUACAACAACAGUUACGACAACCAUAAUCACAACUACCACUAUAACUUCUGAAACAAGUAAAGAAUUAAUUGUUCUUGCUUCAACUACUGGAACUACAACAACCACAGCUACUAUUUUCAUUACUGAUGCAGCAGUGAAUGUCAUGUAUCCAAAAGAUUUUGUAAGGAAAAAAUAA